AAUCUAUAUGUCAUAACGUAUAUUUCCAAAUUACGUACAGGCGGUUUUAAGUCAGCUAGAGUUAGGGGUCCUCGUGAUGUAAACAUGGGCCCUUUCUCAAACUAAGCUGACGAGCUACACAAUGGUAACCUGAGAAAUAAAAUAAAAUACAAUGAAAAUGAAAAUUCCAAAAAGAAAACUAUUCCUCCUUAUUAUCUUUGCAUAUGUGGCAUUUUCACUUUAUGCGGCGUAUAAUGUCUUCUUCAGUUCAAAAGUAAUCUCGCGCGUUCACAGGGUGGUGAAGAAAGAAACAGGAGGACCCGCGGGAGGUGUCAGAGAUGGCGGUGCUGUUGCUCCAUUUUUAGCCGACGAGUGGAAUCCGUGGGAGGACGAGCAGGUGGAAUAUAACUCUGCUCUGAGCAAAAAAAGGGAGGCCUUCAAACAGUAUCUAGGUCGUAUAAAUGAGAAAAAAUCCAAAAGAUACAAGGUCCAAAUCUGGGGGAAAGCCGCCAUAGGGCUUUACCUUUGGGAACAUAUUCUAGAAGGACCUCUUAAGCCUACAGACAAGGUAGCACAAUGGAGGGAGGGCGAGCUACAGUCAGGAAAGAUUGAUUUUAGUUUCUACACGGGUCCUGCUGUGGUUCAGGGUCAUGUUCCUCUGGAUAUGAACAGCCUGGUUGUGGUUCUGAAUGGCCGGGAGCAGCAGAAGGUGUCCUACUCUACACGAUGGCUGGAGCAUGUUCAAGCUCUAGUACACUCUCACACAGUGGCACAUGUAGCUGUGGUUCUGUUGGGCAAUGAGCAGUGCAACAAUGACUGGAUUGGCCCGUAUUUAAAAAGAAAUGGUGGCUUUGUGGAUCUGCUGUUUGUAGUGUAUGACAGCCCCUGGGUCAAUGACAAGGACGUCUUCCAGUGGCCCCUUGGUGUUGCUACAUACAGGCAGUUUCCCAUGAUCAGGCCAAAUGCCCAGCUAAUUACCUCCAACAGACCAUACCUCUGUAAUUUCCUAGGUACUGUUUACAAAAACUCCUCCAGAGAAACACUCAUGAAGGUGCUGAAACAAUCUGGCCUUGAUCAGGAAUGUAUCACCACUGCCAGGGAGAAGUGGCUUCCUCAGGAGACUUCAGACAGUCUAAGACGUUAUCAGACAGCUCUGGCUCAGAGUGAGCUGACUCUCUGCCCAGCUGGAAUCAACACCGAGUGCUACCGUAUCUAUGAGGCCUGCUCUUAUGGCUCAGUGCCUGUGGUAGAAGAUGUAAUGACAACGGGCACAUGUGCAGCAGGCCACAGCUCCCCGCUGCGUCUCCUCAAAGCUGCCGGAGCACCAUUCAUUUUCAUCAGUGACUGGAAAGAACUGCCAGCCAUCUUGGAGAGGGAGCGAGGAAUAAGUCAGGAACAGAAGGUAGACAGGAGGAGGAGACUAUUGGAGUGGUACGCUGGUUUUCGUCAGCAGAUGAAGGAGAGAUUCACUGACGUCAUUGAAGAGUCCUUCUUCAAAGGUGGCUGACUUCAGUGCUUAAUUAGCUUCCAGAAGAUAAAAUAGGGUAAAAUUUCACAUUGCUUUAAUGUGUUUUGUGGUGGGUGGAGAAAUGUGAUGUACUACUGGCAUCGUGAACAUGGUGAUGUUAAGUGUAAUAUUCUUGUGCAGGUUUUUAAAGAAUAAUUACUAAUACAAGUGAAGUUCAGUUUGAGUCCCAUAAAGGGCCUUAUGGCAUUACUGUGUACUUAUUAUCUAAAUGUUCACAACUGUGGAAUGUUAGGCUGCCUUUGCAUUUCAAAGUCAUGUAUUAUUUUCAGGUAUGUUUUUUAUCUGUUUGUACCUACUUAAUAUCGUGAUUUUCAGAAAACUCUAAACUGUUAGGUGUAGAAUUAGAUGGUGUAUUUUAAGGCCUUGUUUCAAAAUGGUACAAACAUAUUUUUUGUACUGUGACUGCCUGGAAAAUGGAUAUUUGUGUUGGUGUUGCAAGUCUUGCUUUUCUGGUCCAACAAAACACUAAAUGUAUGUUUUUUUCUAUUUAUUUUAGUGCUGUGCAGCAUGAUUCUUUUUAAACUGUGCAAUAAAGUAAAGCGUCCCAUGAAAA